AUGGACAAAGUUGGCAACCAGUUGUUAAACCUAGUGGACCAUUUAGCAGCUAAAGAGCCGGACAUGUCCCUCAGGACUGGGAGACUAAAAACUGAGCUAACAGAGAGUGAAUUCUGGACUGAUAAGGUGGGCAGAAACACGGCUCCAAAUGCUGAUGUUGCUCCGUAUCUGCUGGAUGUGGGUCCCUUCAGCGUGGUGAGAAGAUGCAUCAACAGAGACACGGGGCAGCAGUUUGCUGUCAAAAUCGUGGAUGUGGCCCAGUUCACCUCCAGUCCUGGACUCAGUACAGAGGAUCUGAAGAGGGAGGCCAGCAUCUGCCACAUGCUAAAGCACCCCCACAUUGUGGAGCUUCUGGAGACGUACAGCUCAGAUGGGAUGCUCUACAUGGUUUUCGAGUUUAUGGAUGGAGCAGACCUGUGUUUUGAGAUCGUGAAGAGGGCAGAUGCUGGCUUUGUCUACAGUGAAGCAGUGGCCAGCCACUACAUGAGACAGAUCCUCGAGGCGCUACGCUAUUGCCAUGACAACAAUGUCAUCCACCGAGACGUCAAGGUAUUUCUGACUUACAAUUCAUUCUCUCGCUUUCCUACAAUGGUGCGUAGCUGAAGCUGCAAAGUCACUGUUGCUGCCAGAGAGACUCCUAGU